AUACCAUGCUAUAUAUGGGGAUGAGCACAUUUGAAGUACUUGAAGUAACACGAAUCAAAGCCUAAUCCUUCUCUAUAGCUAGUUUCUUCUUCAGUUUUUGAGUGAUCAAAAAAAUGGUUAAGUUAGCUUUUGGUAGCAUUGGUGACUCUUUCAGUGUUGGCUCACUCAAGGCUUAUUUAGCCGAGUUCAUCUCAACUCUUCUCUUUGUGUUUGCUGGUGUUGGAUCCGCAAUAGCUUACAAUAAGCUCACCUCAGAUGCAUCAUUGGACCCAGCUGGUCUAGUAGCAGUGGCACUGGCUCAUGCAUUUGCACUCUUUGUUGGGGUGUCCAUGGCUGCCAACAUCUCGGGUGGCCAUCUCAAUCCGGCCGUCACCUUUGGAUUGGCUAUCGGAGGCAACAUCACCAUCCUUACCGGCAUCUUCUAUUGGAUUGCCCAAGUUCUUGGAUCCACCGUGGCUUGCUUCCUCCUCCAAUUCGUCACCGCUGGCAUGACGAUCCCCACCCAUGGAGUCUCAUCGGGGAUGGAUGCAUUCGAGGGUGUGGUGAUGGAGAUAGUCAUAACCUUUGCACUGGUGUACACUGUCUAUGCUACGGCAGCAGAUCCCAAGAAAGGCUCCCUCGGAAUAAUCGCACCCAUUGCGAUUGGGUUUAUUGUUGGUGCCAACAUUUUAGCCGCCGGCCCAUUCAGCGGUGGUUCAAUGAACCCGGCUCGCUCAACUGGACCGGCGAUCGCAAGCGGAGAUUUCUCGGAGAUUUGGAUCUACUGGGUCGGCCCGCUUAUCGGUGGAGGGUUGGCUGGUUUGGUGUAUGGCGACAUCUUUAUUGGGACGCACACUCCACUCCCAACCUCUGAAGACUAUCCUUGAAACAGAGGCCCAAAACACAAUUGUGUGACUGUGUGUGUUUGUGGUGUCUUUCCUUUUGGUACUGUGCUUGUGUUUUGUACUUUUGAACAGAAUAAAUGUAGUUUGUUGUUGUGUGUCA